ACUGCGAAGGUUGCACCUAAAACCUGUGCACCCAUUGGAUAGGGGUCGUUCUGUUGACAGAUGGUGCUAAAUAUUUCCAUAUGUGUGGAAAAAAAUCACUCAAUUGUUUUCAGAGGAGCUGCCGUUGCACAAUAGGCUUCGUAUUCAUCCGUUAAGCAGGACUUUCAUGGAUUUUGGACUGACAGCUGUCUCUGCAGACAACAGACGAACCGAUUUAAAGGAAUCUUUGAUUCACAGCCAGGCAGAAUGCGAGGACUACGUGCCAUUUUGCUUUUUUUCAUCUUUUUCUGCUGCAUCCGGGCUAAGAAGAUGCGGUGGUGCACAGUGUCGGAUCCAGAACAAAAGAAGUGUGCAGAACUCGCCAAAGCUCUGGUGGCUGUGCUGCCGCCAGCCGCAGUGGCCGCGUUCGCCCGACUCUCGUGCAUACGGGCGUCCAGCACCACCGACUGCAUCGACAGGAUCAGGGCAAACCGUGCUGAUGUAGUGACGUUGGAUGCAGGAGAAGUGUAUUCGGCUGUGAAGCAGUUUGGCCUCGUCACCAUCGCCAAAGAGAUUUACAGUGAUGGAGGCUGCAUCCUGUCGGUGGCUGUGGUGAGAAACCGCAGUUUGGACAUCCGCUCCCUGAAGGGCCUGAGGAGCUGUCACAGUGGGGUCCGAUGGACGGCUGGAUGGAGCCUUCCCCUCGGCUUCCUGCUGUCCCGCAACUACCUGAGCUGGUCAAAGGAGCAGCCACUCAGUCACGAUGUCGGUUCCUUUUUCAGUGCCAGCUGUGUUCCCGGAGCUGCUGCCGUCGCACCGGCUCUGUGCUCGCUGUGCCAAGGCCACAAGUCCUACAUUCGGCAGAAGAAUUUCCACUGCGAGACGUCCCACAGCGAGCCCUUCUACAACAGCCAAGGGGCCCUCAGGUGUCUCAGGAGCGGUGCGGGAGAUGUCGCCUUCGUGGACCAUUUAGCUCUUGAAAGUGUUGAAGGCAGUGACAGAGAUGAGUUCAGGCUGCUUUGCACAGAUGGCACCCAGGCUCCUCUCGGCCGAUACAGAAACUGUAAUCUGGGACGGGGUCCAGGAGGCGGCACGGUCACCAGAUUUAACUUUCGCAAGAUGGCCCGCAAAUUUCUGGUAACGGUACAGACGUUGUUCGGCCAACAAGGGAGAGAGAGGCGCCGCUUCCAACUCUUCAACUCCUCUUCUUUUGGAGAACACGACCUCCUCUUCAAAGACGUGACGGAUAAACUCGCCGUGGUGCCGGACGGCGUGGAUGUCAGUCAGGUGCUGGGGCUGGAUUAUGUGGCCCUCCUCAAAGGUCUUGGACACGAAGGGAGCUCGCUGGAGGACAGUGUGGUGCGGUGGUGCUGUAUCAGCCAUGCAGAGCAGAAGAAGUGUGAGCAGUGGGCUCUCAGUAUUAAGUCCGACCCACUGGUGUGUGUGGCGGCCGUCUCAAUGCGCGACUGUAUCGAGAAAAUUAAGAGGGACGAGGUGGACGCCGUCUCGCUGGAUGCGACUCACUCUUUUAUUGCAGGAAAGUGUGGUCUUGUCCCUGUGGUAACAGAAUAUUACGGAGGAACGUGUGUGCCUGCUGAGGGAUCGACCCACUUAGCGACAGGCCCGUUGCCCUCGGUGGUGGGCGUGGCGCUGGCAAAGCGCUCCAACAGAAACGUGUUCAUGGGGAACCUCGGAGGCCGCCGCUGCUGCCUGGGUCACAUGUACAGCCCCGCAGGCUGGCUGCUGCCCUCCAGACACGCGUUAAGCCUGCAGCAUAACCGCAGCACCCCCUGUGGUCCAGACCAAGUGUACAAAGACGUGUUUUGGAAAGGCUGCCUUCCUGGCUCUCAGGGGACUCUGUGUAAAGUGUGUCUGGGAGGCACCGGGGAGGCUGCCGCCAAACGCUGUGCCGACAACCACAAUGAGCGUUACUACGGCAACAUGGGCGCAUUACGGUGUCUGGUUGGAGAUCCCAGUGGUAAAAGCUACGGCGACGUGGCCUUCCUCGAGCAACACAACCUCCUCGCAAACAUCUUGAGUUUGAGCUCCACGGGUUGGGCCGACGGUUGGACGCCAUCAGACUACGAGCUGCUGUGUGCCGAUGGUCGUCGGGCUCCGCUGUCGGAGUGGGAGAGAUGUAACCUCGGAGCGAUCCCACCAAACACCGUCAUGACACGACCGGUGCUCACGGCACGAGUGUACGACUUCCUCAUGAAGUCCCAGGAAACCUUUGCAGCCAACCCAAACACAGAGUUCAAGCUCUUUGAGUCUCAGCAAUAUGGAGAAAGUGAUCUGCUGUUCAAAGAUGCAACUCAGUGUUUGGUACACACGAGCCACAUGGACUACCGCUCCAUCCUCGGGGAGGAGUUUUACCUUCAAGCAGAAACGGCCUUCAACUGCACACACUCUGAUAUCUUGGAGUUUUGCAAUCAGGACGUGUGCAGCAUAUUUUAAUGGACAGUUACUUUUCUAUUCUCUACUUCAGUGGUUGAACCCUUUGUCCACGAUGUCUGCAAACCUUCAACUGCAUUCUUCUUCAGUCUUUAUCCCUAUUAAUACAUGUUAAUGUAUUAAUAGUUACAUGUUUUAAAAAAAUGUGUCUAGAUGUUCAUUAGUCUUGACGGAGCUCUGAAACAGAAUGUCAGUGUACAGAAUCUUUGGUUUGAGGAGAGAAAUCUAAACUCUACAGAAACAGGACAUUUUGUAUGUUUUACAUUAUGACACCAUGUAUUUAAUCAAAUCAAAUUGAUGCACACCAUAUUCUGUAUAAGUUGUCUGUAUUUACUGUUAAUUAAAGUAAUAUAGGUUUAGGAGGAUUUUGAUUGCCUCUCAACAUCUUGACCGGGAGAUUACAGCUUCCAACUAACAAUGCCGACAAUCAUUGUUUCCCUGAAGGGGCACUUUAACGUAAGUGAUGCUCAUGGUUUGCAUCCUCAGCUGUGAGUGCAUUGGAGAGCUGACCAGGGAGUACACUGACCUGCACAAACAUGCAUAGACUGCACUGGCGUGUGUUCAAUCUCUGGUUCGUAGAAAUCACUGCUAUAUAUACACUUCAGAGGAAAUAGUUCUUUGGUACCAUAAAUGUUGGGACUUAUUUAAAUGCAGCUCCUUUUAAUGCAGGACUAGACUUUAUCAUCAAGAAUGGAAUGGAUUUGGUGUGACUUCAAAGUGUAGAUGGAUGUAAACAAAGGGAUUUGUUAAGGAAUUCACAAAGAAAAGCAAAUUAAACUGAACACUAUGGAAACCUGGAGCUUAAAUUCAUCAAU